UGCUCUGCGGGUACCUUGCUAGAGCUCAAGGUGACCCGAAGCUUUGCCCUGUUGCCAUACACGGUGUGCGGAAGUUUGCUCCGCGUCGAACGUCCCUUGACACCAAGGUACAGGGCAUAGAUCGUGCAGUAUGAGCCCGACACGUUCUGCGCCGGUAACCUCACGGCCUUCUUGUGGAAAAGCGAUUUCCAAGCCACGCCCCCGCUUAGAGCCCUCACCUUUACCUCUGCAGCCCGGUGAGCAUGUGUCGUCGGCGAAAGAUCAAUUUCUAAAUGCGACCACUUCUACGACGCACAAGGCUUCGCCGGCAAAAGUUGCUCGCAGCUCAAGUGGCCUAUUUUCUGGACAUGGAAAUCUAGGAUUUGUCCCCAUUACGGCUCCCCCAGCUCCAGAAUUCACUACAGAUUCUCCUUCCAAACAACCCUCAUUCGGAUACCACCACACCGCUGCUUCUUCCUCUUCAAUGCCCCAAUCCGCGUUAUUCACGACAUUCUCCACUUCCAGUUCAGGGAAACUCUCACCGAAGGAGGCGCAGUCAUCAGAUGAACCCAACAGCGAUAAUUUUGCAGACUUCCCUGAACCCUCAUUCAUACCGAAACCUGUGAAGAGGACACUGAUGGACGCGGCACCACUAAAGGAACGACAAACAAAAAAGCAGAAGCGGGAGGAACCUAGUUCUAUGCGCUUGCCGGAACCUCAUGAGAUGCCCCCGAUAGAAGACGAUGGCACAAAGCCGCCUUAUAGCUAUGCGACGCUGAUUGGCAUGUCUAUACUUCGUGCGCCGAACAGGCGAUUGACUUUAGCGCAAAUAUACAAGUGGAUCUCGGAUACGUUUUCGUAUUACAAAAAUAGUGACCCAGGUUGGCAGAACAGCAUUCGGCACAAUCUCAGCCUGAAUAAAGCAUUUAUCAAGCAGGAAAGACCUAAGGAUGAUCCAGGGAAAGGCAACUACUGGGCCAUUGAACCUGGAAUGGAAGCUCAGUUUCUCAAAGACAAGCCACUGCGCCGCGCAACGAUGUCCAGCCUUCCUCUUCCAGCCGCGCCGCAGAAGGACACAGCGCGUCCACAUAACUCAAGUACUACUACUUGGGCAGUCCCGCCGCCCCCAUAUCAGCCGACAGGAAAACAUUCGAAGCCUGUGGAUCUGUCUUCCGAUGCCACCCUCCCCGCUUCUGACCCUGCUCUCCAAGAAGACACGAGUGACGAACAUACCAAUCGCACUGUGCUACAGACUCUUGGACAUCGGUCGUCACCACUCCAACCCAUACAUUCGUCACCACCCGUUGUACCCCCUCGUUACACUCGACAAGGAACCCCUCCAACGCCUUCUCAAACCAUCACUUCGGGAAUCGUUUCCAUCACCAAUAAAAGAAAACAAACUGCAGUGAAUGACAGCGGAUACUUCUCGUCGCUAGAGUCCUCAGCUUUGCGACCAAACAAAGCUGGGCAUAUUCUGACUUCGGAUCUGGACAUAGACCCUCCACGAAUCAAGCGUGGUCGGGCAGAGGAAGAGAUAGCUCGAAUUCGAAGUUCGUCACAUGACAUUAGCCCAAGUCACUGUGGCAUCUUGAAGGACUCAGGAUUAGUUCUUGGUUCAUCGCCCCUCCGUGGGGAAUAUAUCAGCAUGCUACCCCCUCCUAUCACGCCGGUCAUCAAAUUUAAGAAACCCGCUAAGCCACCACCUUCAGUAUCACCAAACACGAAUCUACGGAACCAUCGCAAAAAGAUUCAACAUAUGGUCAACUCCCCGAUAAAACAUUUGGGACUCAACGAUGAGGAUCUUCCGUGGAGUCCAGCUUUUAAUAUUCAAGACGAAACGUUCACGCCGAGCGAAAAUCUCCACACUGGCUUCGAUGUCUUUGCGGAUCCUGUUUCGGAUAAUAUUUCAAACCCAGCAUACGGCUCGCCAGAGAAGCGGUCUAUUAAGCGUACUCGAACAGACGCUGGCGGAUCAAAUGGCAAUAUACUGGCAGAUAUCACGUCAUUGAAUGCCAACAACAGGCUAGGGGUGCAAUCGUUGCAAUCAUCGACUAAAGCUAAAGGCCUUCUUUUCCCCGAGUCGCCUUCCAAAGUGACUGACUCAGCACGUUAUCUGGACUCUUCACAUGAAGAUUUCUUUUCGUUUCAUCUGUUUGAUGAAAGUCCGACAGAAAUAGAUGGCGUGGAUAUCUUGCAGGGAUUCCAGAAGAUCGGGGGUAUGAGCAAGGAAGAACCGUCGAGAUCGAAGUCAUACCCACCGAGGCCUUCGUGCAAUCAUCGGAGCAAUACACUGUUCUAAAGCCAGGAGCUUGGGGGUUUGGAUGAUGAAGUUAAAAAUGAAGCCAAACAAAACAAUAAUGCGCAGCGAGCGCCUCGGGAGAUUUGCAUUUUCUUUCUUGAUGGCGUACUAAAUUGGCAAAUUGUCCUAUCCAGCUGGUAGACAACGGGUUUUUUUGGGGAUAGGGGAGGCGCAUUUAAUCUGGGUGUGAUUGUUUCAUUUCUGAGCAGAUGAGGUUGCUGGAGUUUUGAAAGGGUGGUAGUCGGUUAUGACAUAUACCGGACCUGGAAUGACCUUGUUACGACCUUUAUGACGACAUUUGGUAAGAUGUACAUGAGUAUGUGAUGUCUAAACGAACUCGAGUUUCUGCUUUUUCGCUUGCGUGUCGUUUUACUUUUCUUUGCUUGCGUCCCGGAUUGUUUGAGUGAUUUACCGAGCACAUAUUCUAGUUAGUUUCCACUACAAGAGCGCACAGUUGCAUUGUUUAUGUAUUUUCUGA